AUGUCUGAUCAACUAUUCCAAGAGGUUCAACUGGGUACUGCUUUGAAGCAAACAUAUACAGUGGACAAAUCUGUACCUCUCAUUGACUCAAACAUACACAUUAAGAAGAAUGAUCAUUGUUAUCUGUUACAUGAGAUUGAAGCCACUUAUUACAAAUUGAAUCCAGUACCUCAAGUAAACGACAAGUCCGCUCCACUCAUUGAAGAGGAUACAAGGAUACAACAACAUAACCGAGCAGCCCUAUUCAAUGAUAUCAAGAUGAAGGCCAACUGA